CGGAUUUGUUCAAGUAGAUAGUUCAUUAUGAGGCGGAAGGGGCUGCAGUUUUCUGAAGAGAUGAUUUCUUAAGGAACUGAAAAUAUUUUUGAACUGUAAAAUAUCUCAGAUUGAAUUAAAUGACCGUUUUAAAUGAAUUGUUCUUUCGUAUAAUCUUUAGUGUUUCUGCCAAUUGGGGCUGCCUAAAAUGUUGACUUGGCUGAAAAUGUAAGAAUUUUCCUCGUUAAACUUGCAUGUACGACAUUAUGUCCGGUUAUACUGUGAUUUUUUGAGCUUGAUUCUUAUAAUAAUAAUGUGGACCGGGUCUGCGCUCAAGUUAAUCGGUUUAUUAGCUGCGUUCAGAGUUCACUCUGCUGUGCAAGAUGAGCUGUGUAGUCGAAAAGAGCCCCCUCCUGGAGUUUUGGUAUUGAAGUUGGGAAGCAAUGUUGUGCUUGGCUGCAGGGGUGAUGUCACUGUGGAUGAUGUGCCAUUGGCUUCGGCCACUGUAAUGAAUAAAAGAGACAGAAACAGGUGGAAAGCAGACAUACCUGUCAGCUGGACAACUCAAAGAGAAACAGUAUACGCUGAUGUUAAUAGUACACAUCAGACCAAUAUCAAGAGAAUUGCAACAACUGGAACAUACCAAAAUAUAUUUGAUUCUAGAAAAUAUACUAAAGCUAAAGAAGACAUGAAGCUCACUGUAAAAACCCCUAUAUCCAUAAAGAACGAGCAAACCACUUCAAGGCGUGUUUCACAUGCUGUCAAUCAACCCACCCAGUCAGAGAGAUCAGAUGGAGCCAGACCGGAAAAAGAGGCAUUUGCUGUCACCAUGGGGCCGGAAAACAUUUCUGAGGAUGAUGAAUAUGAGGAUUAUUAUGAAGAGGAAGGGUCAAGAGUGACAAGAGGCAUCAAAAAGGGAACACGCUGGACUCUGAAUGGUCGACAAGUACGUGUGGGAGUGGAAAGCGGAGGGAUUUUAAAACUUCCUAAUCUCAGCUUGGCAAAUGGUGGUAAUUACAGCUGCUACAGGGAAGAGAGACUGAUUUCAACUAUCAAAAUCAGCGUUGGUGUGCCUCCAGAAAAACCUACAAUCUCGUGCAAAAGGAAGUCUCACACCAGCCAGGUUCGCUGUGUUUGGACAUCCAAACAACCAGUAAUCCCACGUCCUCUGUGUUACCUACUACUUAGAAGAGGAAUUUUUGGUAAUGCCACCCAUGUGCCUUGUUCAUUCUCCCAUUCACGGUGUUGGUGUGCUUUUCCUGUGGAGGAAGGUGACAGAACUCUCCAUUUGGCACAACUGUGUGUGACGAACAUAGCAGGCAAUACCGCCAGCCGUGCAAUCAGCUUUAAGCUACAGGACAUCAUUAAGCCAGAUCGCCCAACCAACGUUGUGGUGAGAGCUGUUGAGGGCCAGGACACACUUAAAGUGUCCUGGUCUUAUCCCAGUACAUGGAAGCAAGGCUUCUAUUACCUGCGAUUCCAGCUGCGAUAUCGACCCCAACAGGCGCAAGAGUACAAGUCAGUGUUGGUGGAUAAAAGUUUGAAAAAACAGCUGUCCUGGAUGAUUUUCUAUACUCUGCCAGAUACUCAGUAUGAGGUACAGCUUUGUGCCAAGGAUGAGUAUGACGGCAUCUGGAGUGAUUGGACUGACCCUGUUUUUGCCUUCACCUGGACAGCUCCUAAAACUAUGACUGCCUCUGAAAGCAGCACUUUGGAACCAUUCGAGAUGUUUCCUGAAGGCUCAGGUGGAUAUGGAGUUGACCCUGAUAUAGGUACAGUGUUAAUUGUUGGAGCUGCUGAUGAAUAUGCUCCAGUGUGGCUGUAUGUGUCAUGGCUUUUUGGGCUGUGUUUUCUUGUAGCCCUCACCAUGCUCACAGUCUAUUUCUUCAGGCAUAGGCUACAUUUCGUGUAUAGAAAAGGAAAACUGAUUUUUCCCUUUUCUUUCAUCUCUCGAUCCUCUCCCCCUCAUCCUCCCCCUGCACUCUCCGAACAAAUUCCAGAGGAGGGAAAAUCUCUGAUGUCUCCUCCCGAGCACAGCCAGCAUUACUUUCUUCCUGUUCAGCAAGAGGAAGAGGAGGGCAUUCACCUGCAUAAUAUGGACUAUUUCCUGUCUCAAGGGGCUGAGGGUGUGCCAUGGACUGUUGGCUCUUCUACACAAGAGACACGAGUAAACAAGCAAAGCCUCUCUGUAGUGAAUACACUUUGAUUCAGUAACAAGGACUAAGUAGGAUCUCAGUCUUUUGCUCUUUUACUUUAUGAAAAGAAAAGAAGAAAAAAAAGAAUGCUGAGCGUUAUUGAAGCAACUAUCAUAGCCAACAAUGAUCUGUUGUGUUGUUGAUAUUUUUUGACUGCUAUCAUAACAAUUUCUACAUAAUGUUUGAUUCUGUUGCUAAUGGCAGCCUCAUAUGUGAAGCUAAAGCACUUUUUCAAAGUUCUUCUGAAUAAGAGUGUCUUUUAAAAAAAUGCCUUACAUGUAAAUAAGCUUUUGCAAACAUGCCUGGACAAUUCUACCUACAAUGGAAAUCACCUAUUGGGAGAAGUAGUUGCCUUGUGCACAACUUCGUAGAGGUGACCAUUAACUUGAGAAUAACUGAGAUCCCUUUCAUCAUUAUGUGUGUCACUGUAACAAUGUACCACUCAAUUCCAGGGAGACAGUACCAGUGUUCUGCUAGUGCUUUUUAUUUAAAAAAAGUACAAUUAUAUUGAACAUUGUAUGAUGUACAAUGCUUUGCUGUUUAUAUUGUUUGUUUUUAGAAUAUUUUUGUAAUGAUAUUUGGUUCCACCAAAGAAUUUCAGGAGUCUCCUAUUUUUAAGAAAAGAUCCUCUAAAUCUGAACCUCCUUUGUAACUUUGAGCUGAAGAACCUGAGCGAGUCUGUCUUAAAAGACAAGAACUAAAAAGCUUCAGUUGGACCGGAAGUGUUCUGCAGUAUACACAAUGAGAAAUUGAAACUUUUCUAUCUGGAGGACAAACAUAUAUUUGCUUUUUUUGUAGAAUAUGUUUGUAUAUGAAUAUGUCUGGGAGUGGUAUGUAUGACCAGCAGAAGAUGCUACAGAGCUUGUAUGCAUGUAUCUUAUUCCAAUUUCAGUUUAUUUCCACAGUGCUUUUCACAAUAAAUAUUGUUCCAAAGCAGCUG